UCUCUCUCUUUCUCCCUCUCUCACACAUCCUCAGUCUUUUAUUUUACCCCCUCCCUCUCUUUCUUGUAAUAUGGGGAUCCCUUUCCCUCCCUGAGACAGAGGAUUGUCUUAGCACUUGUUUAAAGGCUCACAGUCUUCGCUGGUUGAGAAAGCACCAAAGGAGACAAUAUUUUCAUCGCUCUCCCAGCUGUGCUUGCCGAGAUAAGCAAAGUCACUGAGAGACGAGCCUUAAAGGAUAGAAGAACUGUGCAGACUACCAGAUUCAAGGAGCAGAAAGCCUCCUCCUGGUCUCUUCUUCUAUUUUGCUCCCCUUGUCUCCUUCCAAUCUUUUUUCUUCUGGUUUUCUUUUACCCCUUUUUCUGGCUCUGUAUUUUGGGGGAAACACAGGAAAUUGGAAGUAGGAUGCAGAGAGAGAAAUAAGCGAAGACUUUUAUACUUUUCAUUUCUCGUCAGCCAAGGAAAGUGAUUUGGACAUCAGAGAGAUCCAGCAAGCAAAGAGGGGAACGGGGCAAAGGGGUUUGCCCCAGGAUUUUGUAAGCCCCGAGCCCCGGUCUCCCCAAAUUCAUUCGCCAAUGCCCAUCGAGAUAGUCUGCAAGAUCAAGUUUGCAGAUGAAGAUGGGAACCAAAAGGAGAAGGAGGAAGGGGAAAGGGAGAGUUUGAUUGGGGAUGACAUUCCUGUUGUCGAUCGGGACUUGGCAGGGUUUGCCAGAACUAGUACCCUACAUGGGCUGCGGCAUAUUUUUAAAACAGGCAGGCUGGGCAUCAGGCAAAGUCUUUGGGCAUUGGCAUUCUUGGCAUCACUGUUAUUUUUUCUGUACCAGGCAGCUAAAUGUGCCUUGUUUUACCUUGAGCACCCCCAUGUCACUGCCGUGGAUGAGGAGGUGAUGGGUGAGAUGAUAUUUCCAGCAGUCACUAUAUGUAAUAUCAACCGUUUCCGGCACUCAGCACUUACGGAUGCUGACAUUUUCCACCUGGCCAACUUGACUGGUCUCCCCCCAAAGGACCGGGAUGGGCACCGACCAGUGGAUUUAAUGUACCCUGAUCCUGACAUGCUGGACAUAGUAAAUCGGACUGGUCACCAACUGGCAGAGAUGCUAAAAAGCUGCAACUUUAGUGGGGACAACUGCACUGCACACAACUUCUCUGUGGUAUACACGAGGUACGGCAAAUGUUACACCUUCAACGCUGACAAGGAACACCCAAAGGUGACCAGACAAGGAGGAAUGGGGAAUGGACUGGAGAUAAUGUUGGACAUUCAGCAGGAAGAGUACCUGCCAAUCUGGAGAGAGACCAAUGAAACCUCGUUUGAGGCUGGAAUCAGGGUUCAGAUCCACAGUCAGGACGAGCCCCCCUACAUCCACCAGCUUGGAUUUGGGGUGUCCCCAGGAUUCCAGACAUUUGUCUCUUGCCAGGAGCAGAGAUUGACAUAUUUGCCCCAGCCGUGGGGUAACUGCAGAGCCAGCAUGCCACGGGAGCAGUUUUUGCCGGGUUAUAGCACAUACAGCAUUUCGGCUUGUCGUCUACAGUGCGAGAAGGAAGCCGUGCUGAGAAAAUGCAACUGUCGCAUGGUACACAUGCCAGGUAAUGAAACAAUCUGUUCUCCAAACCUGUACAUUGCCUGCGCCGAUCACGCCUUAGACUCCGUAGCAGAUGAUACCAGUGACAAAUGCACCUGCUCCACUCCCUGCAACCUAACUCGCUACGGCAAGGAGAUCUCCAUGGUUCGAAUCCCCAACAAGGGAUCUGCCACCUACCUGGCUCGAAAAUACAACAAGGACGCGUCCUACAUCAGAGAAAACUUUCUGGUCCUGGACAUCUUCUUUGAAGCUCUGAACUAUGAGACAAUAGAACAAAAGAAAGCGUAUGACUUGGCCAGUCUGCUUGGAGAUAUCGGGGGCCAGAUGGGUCUGUUCAUUGGUGCCAGUUUUCUUACCAUUUUGGAAAUUCUUGAUUACCUGUAUGAGCUGAUACGAAAUAAAGUUAACCGCGUUUUUAGGCGAAAAUCAUCUCCGGUAAAGAAACCAACGGAGAACAUUUCAACACUUGUGAUGGAUGAUCUCAAGGAUCAGAGUUCUAUUGAAGUCCGGGGAAGGCAUCCAGAGGGAGCUUAUGCCACCACAAUGCUUCCUAACCACCAUCGGCACUAUACACAUCAUGGUGUAUUUGAAGAUUUUGCUUGCUAAGAUACAGACAUGGUGGUGCUAACAGCCCACAACCUGACUCUAUUCCUUGGUGGUGGUAAAAACAUUAUCUAUGGAUCUUACCCUAGCUCACAAUUACCCCCAAGGCAACCCAGAAUCUGGACAUCCUUCGUCCAUGAAACAUGCGGAUGGACUGGCCUUUCCAAACAUAAAUCUGUUACAAGAUAAACUUGAGAAGUUUCUGCAGAGAUUUCUCUUUAAUACCUACAAGUAUAACAAAUCCUUUCUACAUUCUCUCUCUCAUAGACGUGUGCGGGAGACGUCAACCACCACCUACUACGAACAGAGAGAGAAUGAUGGUCUAUCUAAUCUUCCACAGACACCGUCCAAUCAAAUAAGAGAGUUUACGAUGUCUUUCUCCUGCAGUGGAAGAGUAAGAAAGGUUAAGGGUAAACAAGUGAGGGAAUUUUCUAAAUCCAAACAAUGAGAUAUGAUUAGCUUUCAAUAUAAAAAAUUACAAAUUAGUGGAAAAUAAGAAAACAAUAAGGAUCUCAUGUUUUGUCUAUUAUCGGGCAUAAGGGAGAGAUUGCUUAAGAACAUUUGGAUUUUGGGAGAAACUUAAAAUGUGAUUGUGAUCUGUAACCACAAUGAUGAAGGCAAUGUAAUAACGGCAGCACAGUCACCAUAUCAUCUCCAAGUCUUUAUUAAGAUUUCCAAGGAUUUUUAUAGUGCGGCCAUUGUAUACAGCACAGUACAACAACACAGGCACAAUGACUCCAAAGAGCUUGCGAGUGCAAACCGUAUUGUCAGACACUUUAAGCACAGCACACAAAAGCAACUCAUCUCAUAUGCUAUUUAUCGCCCCCACCACCACCACCCAGAAUUCCUACCCCGAAAGUCAUAGUUUACGUUUGCAUGACACAAACAGGCAAUAAGGUGCUCUCAGGGCAAUCAAUAAUCAAAUGCCACCUCUCUGGGCAAAGUGACGCAUUUUGCUCUAAGUAUUCCAGAUUCUAUUACACUUAUAUCAAAAGCACUCCAAUAUAACAAUUAUAGAUGUAUUUAAACAUGGAACUACCAGAAGGUGUGUGAAAAAAAGGCUUAAUCUUAUAUAUUUCUCACGCAAAGAGAAGAGAGAGUUUACAGUCCCUUUUAUGUCUCAGACAUGGCAAAGUGAGUUUGCAAAAUAAAGGCAAUUGCAAGGGUAUGACAUAAAUUGCACAGAAGCUGACCUAAUUAUAAGGUUGACUUCCCUAGGAAAAAUCAGACGACUGUGAGAAAUCAGAAUCAAAUAAGGGAAUUUAUGUUACAGAGGAAGAUGAACAGGUUCUAGACAAAGAAAAAAUGGAGCCUGGCUGGACAAAAUAAUAGUGCUUGUGGUCUGUCCUGUGAGGUCAGAUUAAAUCACUUGAAGACAAUCAAAUUAGAAACUUGGUUUAUGGUGAGAAGGAGGAUGUGGAAGAAUGAAAGGUAAAAUAUACUUACUUUGGAGUGUUAAAAUAGUAGGCGACUGAUACCUUAAUAUCUUGAAAAGGCAUAUUAGUACAAGCUUCAAUAAGUGCUUAGCAUUAAGUUGGUCAACUUGCUUCUCUGCUGCAGUUGUCAUGGGAUGGACAACCAUCUCACCAGCUGUUAUCAUGGGAUGGACAACCAUCUCUCCAGCUAUUAUCAUGGGAUGGACAGUCAUCUCUACCGCUGUUGCCAUGGAAUGGGGAACCAUCUCUCUUAUUUGUUGUCAUGGGAUGGAGAACCAUUUCUCCAGCUGUUUUAAUGGAAUGGAUACCAUCUCUCCUGCUGUUAUCAUUGAUAGACAACUGCCUCAAGCUGUCCAGAGGUUUACACACCCUGGGUCAUGCACAUGGGUUUUGUGACAUCUUCACAGGGAUUAUGUAGUAUACAUGGUGCUGGAACUAGAUGGAAGUUGGACAGCCAUGAUUUAGCAUACUUUUAGUUAUAUUGACCAAGCUGGAGAGUCCAUGUUUGGUAGUGGAUUUGUUAUCCCUCUCACUGCCAAUAAGACAACAGUCUAAUCAAGAAGGUUUUAUCGAAGUUUGAAAUUUUAUCGAAGUAUGAAGUUCACUUCACUCCCAAUCUGAUCACCCAAAAUUUGUAAACUAAGUAUAGUUAGCUACUAUUGUUGACAUUAUAGUUUCAAGCAUAUCACUAAUGUUAACAUUCAUAUAUCAUAUAUCAUUACAUAGUAAUAUUUAUUUAAACAUAUAAAUGAAUACAUAAAUAGUCUAAAAUAUUUAUAUAUUUAUAUUUUUGGUGAGUAACUGAGUAUGACCACCAGUCUACAGUUAGACAGGUCCUUAUAAAUGAUAAAUUGUAGAUAGAUUGCCGUGGAGUGGGGUUUACACUUGACACAGCUUAAAAAUGAACUGUCAUUCUCAAAUCUCCAAGCCCGUAAAAGGGUCAGGUUGCCACAUAAAACCCUGGGUAGCAAGCUUCAACAAAUUGCUCAUCAAUAUUUUGACCCAAAACAUAUACCAGUCGUGAAUGCUUUGGUGCACACUAAAAUUGGCUGCCUAGGGAGCAAGCAGAAAAAGUAUGCAGCUUGAAGAGCAACUCCACCAGAUUAUAUGGCUGAACCUCACCCCAGAUACACCCUAUAGUCAGCCCAGUAUAAUUACGCAGUUUAGCAUUGAUCCUGUGAUCAGUCCUUCACCUGCUUCUAAUGGCCCCAGGCACCAUUCCAACUUGGGUAACACUUUGCUGUUUGUGGCUAGAGAAUUACAAUCCUUUUCAUCCUUUUUUUUAAAUUGGGCGUUAAAAUGAUGAGAAUUGUGGUUUAAAAUAACUGAAGUGCCAUAUGGUACCAACAGCUAGUGUUACAAUGUACGGGCCAUCAGACAAGGUUUGGUGAUUUACAGAGCGGACUUCUAUCUAUGUACCCCACACAUCCUUGACGAGAACUCUUGGGUAAUACAGAUGCCCCCUGGUAUCCCUUUCCUUUUCUGAAGGAAGUGAAAAAUCAGUCACUGGUAUUAUGUGCCGAAUAAUAUCCAGCUAUUUUCAGCCUCCUCCAUUAUCUCAGCAGUUCUGCGCCCCUCUGGGGGUGUCUCUGUCUUUCAAAAUUACACAUAAACACGGGGGCUGUGCAAAAGACUUGUUCUCAUUGUACAAUAUUUUAAUGUUAAGCAUUAAAAAU